CUCUUAUUUUCUUCAUGCCCGAUUCCUUUCUUACAAAGCAAAGAUUUAAAUUACGGAAACUCUCGGAAAAAAACCCUAGUUACCCAUAUCGUCGGCAACUCAAAUUCCCAAUUGAUCGAUCAUUGCGAUGUCGCAUGCGGCGAUGGAUUUCAGAUCUCCGAUUACUCCAUCUGGCGUCUCUCCCGCAAUCCCUGUUUCGCAGACCAAUCUGGGGCAUCCGCCUGCAACUGGCAGUCUCAACCUUGCUUCUUCAACUAAUGGCGGAUUCAAUUGUUCGAAUGUUUCAGAAAAGGUGACCAGGAGUUCGAGGCCUAAGCCCAGGCUGGUGAAGAUUAGGAAACAGUCGAAAAUGUCCGAGUCUAUUGGGGAUGGUUUGGGGUUUGAUUCGUUUAAGCUGGAUCCUGAGAGCUUGUGUCGGGCUGAUCGUCCUGCUGCUGCUAGUACUCAUAAUGUGAAUGGAUCCUUUGUAUUUCGUGGUGGCAGUGAUGAUUCUGGAUCGGUCAUGAACCAGGGGAGUAAGGAGCGUAGUGAAAACGUAAAACAAAUGGGCGGCAAUACGUUUGGGAAUUUUCAUUUUGUUUUUAGUGGUAAUAAGAGUGACUCAAGUUCAGUGAAUGUGGAACCUGCGUUUGGAGCUAAUCAGAGUAAACCAAUAUCCGUUUCUAGUGCGGGAAUUGGCGGCACUGUACCUGAAGCUACCAGGAGUAGCUCGUUCUCAAAUUUGAAAUUCGAAAAUUUAGCAAAUUUACAUUCAAAUUUGGAGCAAAAAGUUUCUAACAAUGGUGAGCGACAUUCAGGUACCUUUGAGUUUGGGAAAUUUGGUGGUGUUGCUUCAGUUUUUACUGCUAAUGGAAGUGCUUUGCAACCUAAUAACUUGGUUUCUAAUGAGCAUAGCAAGUCCAUAAAUCCAAAUAAUAGUUUUGGUGCUAAUAUGAGCACUUCAGGAUUGGAUUUUAGUUUCAGUAAUGGGGAAUUUGGCUCAAAUCAGAAAUGUUCAUUGAAAAAUUUGAGUUCCGGAAAGAAAGAAUCUAGUGUAGGUGGUGGAACAUCUGUCCCUGAAAUGAAUGAGACUGCAGCCUUUGCUUUUGGAUCUGACUAUAGUUUUUCAACUAAAAAUGAUUUCACAGGUUUUGUUUUUGGUGCUAAUUUAAACAAUUCUUCAUCAUUUGCUAAUACAAAAGCAAAGGAACCUUUUGGAAAAUUUCAGGGGGGCAAAGCAGAUUCUGAAGUGGAGUCUCAGAAGGGAAGUUCUAGUAAAGUUUUUGUGUUUAGAGGAAAUAGUGAAAUAGGGAAUCUCAAGUGUGAGGAAAGUGGCAAGUUUGAUGAGGACAAGCAUAAUUCAAUGAAUAGUAAGAAUGCACAUAUUCAAGAUAAUCACAAGUUUGUUUUUAGUAGUCAGGGUGCUUUAGAUACUGAUUUUCAUAAGAGCAAUGUUUCUAAACUCUCUGAUGAGUUUAAUUCAAUGAGUUUUGGUGCUGAUAAUAAUUUAUGUGGUAAGCGACAUGAUAAUAUACAAAAUGUGUUUGUUUUUGGAAGUAACCAAACGACUUUUGGUUUUUCUACUGAAUGUGGAAGUGCUGGCAUGAAUUUCAACAAUCAGCAUAAGAAUAUGAAUUCAAGGGUACCAGGAAAUGAUGAUGCUGUUGGUAAGGUUGAAAAAACUAAUGUCACAGGUACUGGAAAGUCUUGUACAUCUGGUAUUGAUGGAAAGAGAGCUAGUUCUUUAGGAGUGAGUACUCAAAAUGUGGCUGAAUUGCUGGAUAAGAACACAGAGUUUGUUAAUUGCAGUGAACAAAUAAAUUCCUGGAGAUCUUCUGCUGGAAUAUAUGGGAAGGAGAAUAAGCCAAUUAAUUUAAAUGACAAAAUUUCUGAUGGGAGCCAAUUUUGUUUCCAACGUGACAAUGGUGUUGACAGAAAUGCUUUUUCCAUACCAUCAUUUUCACCUGAGGGUACUGGUAUCCAGCUAGAUGGCAGUUCCGCUGUAUCACCUUCUGUCAGUAAAGAUGAAAAGAAUGAUGAAGCUAGCUUUACAAGCUUGCCAUUUGGUAUAGGGAACAUCUUUACAGAGUUCAAGGCAUCCAGUUCAAGUGAAGCCUUUUCUUUUAAUGUUGAUUUAUUUUCUGGCUCAAGCAAGAAGAUUGUUUAUGAAAGCAGUAAAUCUGUGAGGGAUAAAAUGUCAAAAAAGAAGAAGACAUUGAGGCAACGUAACCUGAUGAAAAAGCAGGUUGAGCCCCAAAAUAACGAGUCUCCUGACUGUGCUUCACCCAUGGAUUUUUCACCAUAUCAGGAUACUAACUCUGCACCAUUUGCUGAAACCUCUGUAGCUAAGAAGAAAUGUCCAGGGCCUAGUGACAAUAAUCUUGAUGUUGACUCAGGGAAUCACUUGGGUGAUCAGAAAAAUGAUGCUUUCUCCACUGUGCCAUCUUCAGUAGAUGGAUUAUCAAGAAUAAGGCGCCAGUACAGGAAAAAGUAUAAGACAAAGGUUUGUAAUAGAUCAAACCAAAUCAAUCAACAAAAACCCGUCUCUGCUUCUCCUGCUUUCCAAUUUCCCCCCCUGGGUAAUAAUCAUUCAUCUGAGGUCCAAAGGGGGGCUACUUCUAGUGCUCAAGAAAAUGGGGUUCAUCUAUUCAAUACUGAUGAGGGGAAUGCCAAGCAAGAAAUUCCUGAGUAUGAAGCAUGUGAGAGAUGGCGAAUCAGGGGAAACCAAGUUUAUAAGGGUGGUGAUCUAUACAAAGCUGAGGAUUUCUAUGGCAAGGGCAUAAAAUCUGUUUCACAGUCAAACAUUCCGGAGUGCUGCAUUAAGCCUCUGUUGUUAUGCUAUAGCAAUCGUGCUGCGACCCGGAUGUCACUUUGUAGGAUGAGGGAAGCAAUCAAUGACUGUGCAAAUGCAGCUGCUCUAGACCCUACUUUUCUCAAAGUAAAGCUAAGAGCUGGAAAUUGUUACCUGUUACUGGGAGAAGUGCAAGAAGCAGUGCAGUAUUACAACAGCUGCUUGGAAUCAAGAGAUGUAUGCUUGGAUAGGAGAAUUACUAUUGAAGCUGCAGAGGGUCUGCAAAAGGCAGAGAAAGUGGCUGAGAAUUUGCGUCAGUCUGCUGAACUCUUGCAACAGAAAACUUUUGAUGCUGCAAGAAGUGCUCUGGAAAUUAUUGCUAAGGCAUUGUCUAUAAGCUGCUAUUCAGAAAAGUUACUUGAAAUGAAAGGAGAGGGUCUAUGCAAGUUGCGGAUGUAUGAUGAGGCAAUUAAGCUGUGUGAGCAGACUCUUGAUUUUGCUGAAAAGAACUUUGCUUACCAUAACAUGGAAAACAUGAAUAAUUCUGUAAAGCUGUGGAGAUGGCGCAUUAUGUCAAAAUCCUACUAUCAUCUUGGGAAGCUUGAGGCAGCUCUUCAUCUGAUUGAGAAACAAGAGCAAGUAUUCGUCAAGGAUGGUUGUGGAAACAGUUCUCAGGAGUCAUCAAUUCCUUUAGGCACUACUAUACGUGAACUUUUAACCCGGAAGAAAGCAGGAAAUGAAGCUUUCCAAUCUGGAAAGUUUGCAGAAGCACUGGAUCAUUAUAAUACUGCUAUAUCAUGCAGUGUUGAAUCACUGCCUUUUGCAGCCAUCUGUUUCUGCAACCGUGCUGCAGCCCAUCAAAGUUUGGGACAAAUUAUUGAUGCUAUUGCUGAUUGCAGUGUAGCCAUGGCUCUAGACGAAAAUUACACAAAGGCAGCAUCAAGGAGGGCUACUUUGCAUGAGAUGAUUAGAGACUAUGAGCAUGCAGUUACUGAUCUUCAGAGGCUUAUAUCCCUGCUAGAAAAUCAAGAACAAGAAAUGGAUCAUCAAGCUGGAUCACAAGAUAGAUCUAAUGGCAGUAAUUUGAAAGAAUUAAGAAAAGCUCGCCAGCGUCUCUCCUCAGUUGAAGAGAAAGCAAAAAGUGAAAUUCCCUUGGAUCUUUAUCUCAUAUUGGGAAUCAAAGCAUCUGAUCCUGAAUCCGACAUCAAGAAGGCAUACAAGAAAGCAGCCUUAAAGCAUCAUCCUGACAAGGCUGCUCAGUUUUUGGCAAGAAGUGAGAGCAUGGAUGAUGGACAGUUGUGGAAGGAUACCUGUGAGAAAGUUCAGAAGGAUGCUGACCGUCUUUUCAAGAUGAUUGGGGAAGCAUAUGCUGUUCUCUCAGAUUCUGACAAGCGCUCAAAGUACAAUUAUGAAGAAGAAAUCAGGGCUGCCCGCAAACAAAACAAAUGUAACUAUACCCGUGACAGAUCAUCUGAUUCUAACAACUCUCCUUCUCAGAGAUGGUCAGAGUUUUACAGUCCGCAAUUUCGACGAAGCAGUAGUAGGCGCUAUGGGCAAGAGUCGUGGAGAACACAUGGAAAUUCUCAUUCCGAUUGGUAAAAGGAGUUUGCUGCAGGGUUUCUGGUGUUCGCUUGGCUGGGAUCAAGGUUGAGUGAGAUAGCUAGUUCGGGUAAAAUCUUGGAGCCUUAGAGAUAUGGCCUGGCUCAGCCCAGAUAUGAAUAACCUGCCUGGGAAUUUGGUUUCAUGGAGACCAACACUUUGAAGGACAUUAACUAUGUUGAAAGUGGAAAGCUAUGGGUGGAGCCGGAGUCCAGUUCAAUGCUGCUAACCAAGACGGUUGGCCUGCCUGAUUGGACUAUUAGUGCUGUGAGCUAGCUCUAUACUUAUUGUUAAUAUUAAUUAAAUCAUAGUGAUUAGUGGAAAUCAAAAUUCAAAAGUGAGCUAGGACGCUGCCCGCCCUUCUGGAUAUGUUAUGUAUUUCCUUCUGUGAAUGUGAUUAGUACGUAGUACUAGAAUGAAUGAGAUGAAAUCUUUUUAUUACUGCAGUAAAUUUUACUUUGGUA